UUUUACUCAUAUGAUUUAUAUUGUCGUCUCACUUCACUUUACUUCACACACGCUUUGUGGAAAUAACCAAUCUGCGACCGAGUCUGCAACCGACCAGCAACACCCUGAUCUGGCUGUUGGAGUUGUGGCAGGUGGUGAUAAACUAUGAUGAACUGUAAAACCCAGACAUAGUGUGAAACAGAGAUGAUUCAACCUGCACUCACUCGUGUCCUCUUUGUGUUAGGACUCUUCCAGAAAGGUCUAACAUCUGUAAUCCAGUCUGUGGAGACUGUGGAGGAGGCAGUGGGAGAAGAUGCUCUCCUCAGCUGUCAGAUCCUACAGUCUGAAAAUGUGGUGCAUGUCACAUGGCAGAAACAGACACUGGAUGGGAGGAAGAUACUCUUCAACAAUAUCUUUGGCUCCACGGUGAUCUCAGACUUCAGAGGCAAAGUGGAGGUCAUAGGUCGUGGACUGCACAACAGCUCCAUAGUGAUCAAGAAUGUGACGGAGGAGGAUGAAGGCUGCUACCUCUGCCUCUUCAUCACCAACCCUGCUGGAGCGCUCACUGGCAGAACCUGCAUCAGGGUCUAUGAGCUGCAUGAACCCGUUCUACACGUGAGGGAAUCAAAGACAACUGACGAGUUCGUGGUUUCCUGCUCCGCCACAGGACGACCUGCUCCAACCGUAACUCUCAACAUCACACAGCAAGACUUCGACUUCUCACAGAACAAAACUGUCAGUGUGAUCAACACAGACGGUACAUUCACUGUUACUGCCACAGCCGUGUUGGCAGGUUUCCAUGACGCUGGCACACGGGUUGGAUGUGCCGUGCAGGUGCUCUCCCGUCGUAAAGAGGCGUUUGUGGCGAUUCCUGACGUGAAACUGACGCCUACCAAUGGUUUGGAUGAGGGAUCUGGAUCUGCUAGCAGACGCUUCAUCGGGACGUGGAUUGGGGGAGUGACCUGCCUUUGCACUGCUUCAGUCUUCGCUGUCCUGUUCACACGAAAACUAAGGAGCAGUCCGUCACACAGAGACCAUGAGAUGACUGAGGUUCCUCAAACUGCAGACGCUGAUACGAUCCAAGAAGCUUUGUUCACACCAGAGGAGGAGAGUUCGGUCAGAAAACGGACACCUCCUUUUGAAGCCAAGCAGAGAAAAGAGACAGACCCUGAGUCGUCUUCAAUAGCCAGAAGAAUUCAAUUUGACCAGUAGGUGGACCUCAGGUCUCAGGUCAAUUUCCUUUUUUAUUUUCAUUUUCCAUCUGUUGCGUGUUAGAAGAGUCUUCAUCCCUCUACUCGUUCGUUUUGACCCCAGCGGGGAUCCCCAGACUUUCUGCAGACUUUAUACUAGGGGCAAAAAAAUGUGUCUGCUUUCAGACGUGCGCUGAACUUCAAAAAUCCUCCUUUUGUGGCAGCUAAUUUUAAAUUAUAAAAACUAGUCAUUCUUAUUUUAAAGUGACAUAAUGUUAAACAGUGCCUUGUUGACUUACAGCAGUUUUAUAUACUGAGGGGAGAGGGAUAUUUAGACUGUUGUUCUGUGGGUGAUGUUUUUCUACUUAUUUUGUUUAAUUUGAUGUUUCCCCACUUUUGUGUUGUUUUCUGAAAAGAGUUUCUGUAUUCUUUCUACAUUCUAAAAUAAUAAAUAUCAGUUUUAUAA